GACAAGUAUGUCAGUGAGCUGUGAUUGGACAGGAAGACAGGUACUGGAGAGCAGGGUGUACGCUGCCCUGUCAUCGUCAGAUAUAAAUACACUGCUGCUUCGCUGGACACAUAACAACGGCGUGGUAACAUUUACCAUCACUGGAGUUAACUUCGCACGCAGGAUGCCUGGAUCAGCUCCAAUUAGUUGCAUGGGACCAUGGCCCAAAGAUGUGGGUGUCGUUGCCAUGGAACUGUACUUCCCGUCCCAGUAUGUGGACCAGGCCGAGCUGGAGCAGUUUGAUGGUGUGCCAGCUGGUAAAUACACUGUGGGCCUGGGGCAAGCUCGCAUGGGCUUCUGUUCAGACCGUGAGGACAUCAACUCCCUGUGCCUGACAGUGGUCCAGAGGCUGAUGGAGAAGAAUGGCCUGUCCUACGACAGCAUAGGUCGACUGGAGGUCGGCACUGAGAGCAUUAUUGACAAGUCCAAGUCUGUGAAGACAGUCCUUAUGCAGCUCUUUGAAGACUCUGGCAAUACAGAUGUGGAGGGCAUUGACACGACAAAUGCCUGCUAUGGUGGUACAGCUGCACUCUUCAAUGCUGUCAACUGGGUGGAGUCCAGCUCGUGGGAUGGACGUUAUGCUUUGGUGGUAGCAGGGGACAUUGCUGUCUAUGCCACAGGGAGUGCCAGGCCUACGGGUGGUGCUGGUGCAGUGGCCAUGCUAGUCGGGCCUAAUGCUCCUUUGGCCUUUGAACGAGGUCUGCGAGGAACCCACAUGCAGCAUGCGUAUGACUUCUACAAGCCUGACCUGGUGUCAGAGUACCCCGUGGUGGACGGCAAGCUGUCUAUAGAGUGCUACCUGAGUGCCUUGGACCGUUGCUACUCUGUGUACCGCAACAAGAUCCAUGCACAGUGGCAAAGAGAGGGUUCUGAGAAGUGCUUCAGUCUGGAGGACUUUGGCUAUCUAGUAUUCCACUCUCCAUAUUGCAAGCUGGUGCAGAAGUCGUUGGCUAGACUGAUGCUGAAUGACUUUUUGAGCCAUCCCAGCCCCAACACUGAGACAGGACCCUUCACAGGCCUCGACGCCUUCAGAGACGUGAAGCCAGAAGAGACCUACUUUGAUCGGGAUGUGGAGAAGGCCUUCAUGAAGGCCAGUGCAGACCUGUUUGAGAGGAAGACCAAGCCCUCCCUGCUGAUCUCCAACCAGAACGGAAACAUGUACACCCCCUCUGUCUACGGCUGCCUGGCAUCACUCAUUGCACAACACACACCUGCACAAAUAGCGGGUCAGAGGGUUGGAGUUUUCUCCUACGGUUCAGGAUUUGCUGCCACUCUGUAUUCUCUCAGAGUCACACAAGACCACACACCUGGCUCUGCUCUGGACAAACUUGUGUCCAGUAUGAGUGACCUGAAGGUCAGACUGGACUCGAGGCAGAAGGUUUCUCCUGCUGUCUUCUCUGAGAACAUGAAGCUUAGAGAGGAGACCCACCACCUUGCUAGUUAUGUCCCUCGAGGCUCGGUGGAGGAUCUGUUCCCAGGAACAUGGUAUUUGACACGAGUGGAUGAGAAACACCGCAGAGAAUACGCCAGGAGACCUCUAGACGAUGACCUGCCUGCAGAGCCAGAGCUUGUUCGCUCCAGCACUGGCACCGAGCAUAUCCCCAGUCCAGCCAAGAAGAUGCCUCGCAUCCCUGCAGCCACCUCUGGCCCAGAGGCUGCUGUCAGCAACUGAGAGCACUCAGCUUACCUCUGAGAGGUAUCAAUGUCCAACAAUUUGGAAACUAUACUAACUAGACAACACUAGAGGUCAGAAGGCUAGCAAGAGAGGACAGUGCACCUCUGAAAUCAGAUUAUAUAAACUUAAUUAGGUUGGAGCCGUGUGUCAUUUAAGUGUUCCAGUGGAGGCCUGUGGACAGCUGUAGACACUCCUGACCUGCCUGUACCCAUCCCAUCAUCCCCCUGGUGUCCACGUCCAUUACUGACAGUAAAUUUCAUGUCUGACCAUAGAUUCCAUAUUGACCAUGAUAAUCGUUUGUUUUAGCAAUCCUUUAUUUCAAGGUUUACAUUUUUACAUAUUUUCCUUUUUGCAUUUGUGCUAAAUGGACAGCUCUAUAUUUGGGAGGAGCACAGGCAGACAUUUACAAGAGUGUUGCUGAUAUCGAGUUAAAACAAACAGACUUCCUACUGGCAGCUGGCAGCCAGUGACAGGAAGAGGAGAUUGAGAUAAUUAGUGUGGCUUCAGGCUGCCUGCUGAUUUAAAAGAACAAAGGGAAGUGGGCCUCAAAAAUGUGUUUAUGCAUCAAAAUAGUGCUGCUGCUGCUGCUGCCACGGCAACCCAUCAUGACGACUCUCACCAUGAGACGGAGCUCGUACCUUCACUCUCCUGUUUCUGUUCAAUACCUCAGUUUUCUAUGAAGAGACAUGGUCAGUUUCAUAUAGGACAUGUAACCAAACAUCAGGAACAGUGGGACUCAAUACUCAAAAGUGAUGCUCCACCCAGAAGCCUGCAGAUAUUCUCACUUUACACUGUUGUAGCUGAGCUAAUGUAGUCAACAUGUCAACCUGGUAAGAAACAUUCAUCCACAGAGAAGAUGUGAACUGUCUCGUUCACAUGGUUAGCCUCUAACACUUCUGUUUCAUAGACAUAUGUAAAACUGAAACUAUUUUGAAGAACAUCUGUGUCAUUUUAGUUUUUCCAUUUGCCUUUUAUUGUCAUGAAAUGCUUAACCUCAUUGAUGGAUUUGCCACAGUGAAACAAGACAUUAGAAGACGUCACUUCGCACUCUGGGAACUUUUUCACUCGAUGUUUAAUCUGGUUGAUAAAAUUAUCAGUCGCAGCCCUAUUUUUUUUCGAAAGCACUUUGCAAUGCUACAGUCAUAUUACUAGAUGUGUCUUUUUCCUUUUUACUGCCACCACACAUACAGCAAGUAACAGCUCAUCAUAAUGGGAAAAGAGAAAAAAAAACAUUAGGUAAAGAAACAUUGUCAAUGACAUUAUCUGCUGCAGUGGUCAUGCUCCAGUGUGUCUGUGAGCUCCUCUCAUUGUCAUGUUUAACAGCGAGAAGCUGUAGAACAGACAGGAUGGCCAACAUCAGUGGGUUUAGACUUUUCUAAACCAAUGCGGGUAGAAGACAAAUAUUACACCAGUGUUAUUCUUUAAAAGGUGCAAUCAGCAAAAUAUGGCUGUUUAGCAGGGACAGCACAACAUUGUCAGCGCUUUUUAAAAAAAAAUUAUUAUGGUAACAAGAGAAGGGCUGUAUUUACAUCAAUGAGGGUAGAAUAAAUGUUGUUAGUAUACACUUGUUAGUAUAAAACAAAAUGAUGGUUUUGCAACUGAGUGUAAAUACGGUGUAUUUGUGCCAUGUUCCUUGACUGUCCUACAAAUGUAAUGCCAGCUUUGCACCUGUGUUCACUCUGCUUCAAUCUGCAGAGCAGAUGGUGGGUAGUUCAGGGACUAGAGAAUAUGGCCAUAUCAGUAAAUAGUCAGUCAGAUCAUAGAUGGUGUUUAUUUUGUACAAAGAGUCAGUAGAAUAUUACUGAUUGCACCUUUUUAAGGUAUACACAAUAUCAGAUAAUUAGUGGAAGCCCCUUAUCAGGCAGUGAUUGCUACAGUUUCAGUGUUCCUCGUCAUUACGGGAAACAACAUGAGAGGAACCACACAUUCAUAUCAACCAGUGUCUCACUGAAACCGCUGCUGUGAAUGUGAACUGCAGUGAUACGGUUUUGUUUCUUUCCUUGUCAAUGUCAUUCAAAUAACUAAACGGUAACAUUAUCUCAUACUAAAGCCUUAAUGUCAAAGGGCUUUAAUGGAGUUACCCAUCAGGAGAAUUAGUUGCAACAUACAGUUUGUAGGGCCAGUUUCUUAUUCUAUCAGUUGAUUUUUGUCUAAAGAUGUGUUGUUCUCUCAGUGUCUUUUUUCUCAAAUGGUUGUUUCUCCUGUUUAACAUUGACAUUGAUUUGACAAUAGCUGCAGUCAGCAACACAAAACCAAAUGUUGAAACAGAUCGAGCUCAGGCAGUAAACAUGGCAAACAUCCGCCUUAAACUAAGAGUGUUGGUGUGUUCCUGUUGGUGGUUCGACAGACUUGUAGACUUGCACACAGGGUUCAGAGGAGUCGGGACAGUUGAUGUCAGGUGACUAUGUUCUUGAGAAGCCUUACAAUAAGCAUGUAUGAACUGUAAACAGACAAAGCUUUUCUCCUAAUAAUGUACAGAUAUUCUUUUUAAUUGUACAGUCAGAGUUGGUUCCUCUGUAGCCAAGCCCCACUCACACCAGCAUCACAUACACACACACACAUACACCGUGGGUGUUGCUGGUGUGAUUGUAACAUCUGUGCUAUAUGUUUGUAGGGCCAGUCUCAGAGGUCACAUCUUUACCAAUUUUGAUGGUAAUGUACAGUACAAACUGUAAGAUUAUUUAUGCUUUGUAGAUAUGAGUGAAUGGAUGUCUCACCAGAUAAAUUUUAUCCUGUUUGUGUAAACAUGUAGAGAUCAAGAAUAAAUGGACAUUCAGCAUG